AAAAUAAAAAGGAAAUUAUUGGAUAUUUGAUUAAUCUAAUAUGGGAGGCUACUAAGGAAGGAGUUAGGGAAAUUGUUUUCAAUAAUGCAUCAUGCUCAGCAACCAUUUUCUUAACUGAUGGUACUAAGGAUAUUAAAAAUUUAAACGCAACUGGAGUGGCUCUAAUUUCUGAAGAGAUUUAUCAGAAAAUAAUCAAUGAUCUAGCUAAUAUAAAGAAGAAAGAAUCUAUUACCAUUGAAAAUAAUCUAGGCAGCAAUAGACUAUCGGAAGUCGAUAUUGAUGCUCAAACAAAUAAAAAUGAUAUAUUAAAUUUGGAAGAAGACCAAGGGGCUAAAAGUAGUCAUAUAAAUGAUUAUUUUAAAAUCUCGAAAAGAAAAAAAAAAAAUGAACAAAGAGAGAAUGACAAUAAUGACUUUGAAAAUAAUGAGAAAACAAAUGAACUAUUGCCUGAUUCGCAAGCUGUUGGUGCUGAUGAUCAAUUUUUAAUUUACAAUAUAAACCAACAUAAUAAUGAACAUGUUAAUAACAAUCGACUAACUAAAAAUGUCAGAGAAGUGGAUGAAUCUAUGCCUAAUAACUAG